CGCCAUUCACUCUCUCACCCUCACUUAUUCACUCAGCAUUACUGCUGGAUCUGCUCAUCCACUGCUUCAGCUGGAAAACCAGAGAAAAGAGAGAGAAAUAAAGAGAAAUAAAGAGAAUAAAGAGGAGAAUAAAGGGAAAGUUUGGGUGGAAACGCCGCAGUGAAUCUGGUUCAGUUGUGCUGGAUGGGAGCUUGGUGACGUUUUUUUACAUCGCAGGACAAACAAAAGGACCAAAAUGCCCAAAACGAUUAGCGUACGUGUGACCACGAUGGACGCAGAGCUGGAAUUCGCCAUCCUGCCCAACACCACCGGCAAACAGCUCUUCGAUCAGGUGGUGAAGACCAUCGGGCUGAGGGAGGUGUGGUUUUUCGGCCUGCAGUACCAGGAUACCAAGGGCUUUCCAACCUGGCUUAAACUCAACAAGAAGGUAACGGCGCAGGACGUGCGUAAGGAAAGCCCGCUGCUGUUUAAAUUUCGGGCGAAGUUCUACCCCGAGGACGUCUCUGAGGAGCUCAUCCAGGAGGCCACGCAGAGACUCUUCUUCCUGCAGGUGAAGGAAGGUAUACUGAAUGAUGACAUUUACUGCCCCCCUGAGACCGCCGUGUUACUGGCAUCGUACGCCGUUCAGGCCAAAUACGCCGAUUACAACAAAGACGCUCACACACCUGGAUACCUGUCCGGCGAAAAGCUCCUCCCACAGAGGGUUCUGGAGCAGCACAAGCUGAAUAAGGAACAGUGGGAGGAGAGGAUUCAGGUUUGGCAUGAGGAACACAGGGGCAUGCUCAGGGAGGACUCGAUGAUGGAGUACCUGAAGAUCGCUCAGGAUCUGGAGAUGUACGGGGUGAAUUACUUCAGCAUUAAGAAUAAGAAGGGGACGGAACUGUGGCUGGGCGUGGACGCUCUCGGCCUCAACAUCUACGAACAGAACGACAAGAUGACGCCGAAGAUCGGGUUUCCGUGGAGCGAGAUCAGGAACAUCUCCUUCAACGACAAGAAGUUUGUCAUCAAACCCAUCGAUAAGAAAGCGCCGGAUUUCGUGUUCUACGCCCCUCGGCUGCGCAUCAACAAGCGGAUCCUGGCGCUGUGCAUGGGCAAUCACGAGCUGUACAUGCGGCGCCGGAAACCCGACACCAUCGAGGUGCAGCAGAUGAAAGCUCAGGCCAAAGAGGAGAAGAACCACAAGAAGAUGGAGAGGGCGAUGUUGGAGAACGAGAAGAAGAAGAGGGAGCAGGCAGAGAAGGAGAAGGAGAAGAUAGAGAAGGAGAAGGAGGAGCUGAUGGAGAGACUGAGGCAGAUCGAAGAGCAAACCAAGAAAGCACAAGAAGAGCUGGAGGAGCAGACACGCAGAGCGCUGGAGUUGGAGCAGGAGAGGAAGAGGGCUCAUGAAGAGGCUGAACGUCUGGAGAAAGAACGACGACUCGCAGAGGAAGCAAAACUCACCCUACUGCAGCAAGCUGAGAGUCAGAUGAAGAACCAGGAGCACCUGGCCACUGAGUUGGCAGAGCUCACCUCUAAGAUCUCUCUGCUUGAGGAUGCCAAACAGAAGAAGGAGGACGAGGCAGCGCUGUGGCAGCAGAAGGCCACCUUGGUUCAGGAGGACCUGGAGAAGACGAAGGAGGAGCUGAAGAGCACCAUGAUGGCGACUCACGUGCAGGAAGCGGUUCAUGGAGACAGCGAUCACGACGAGAGCGACGAGAGCAACGCCGAGGCCAGCGCCGAGCUCACCAACGGCGCCGCCUACAAGGACCGCAGUGAGGAGGAGCGCAUGACCGAGGCCGAGAAGAACGAACGGGUGCAGAAACACCUGCAGGCUCUGAGUUCGGAGCUGGCCAACGCUCGCGACGAGACGAUGAAAACGCAGAACGACAUCAUCCACGCGGAGAACGUCCGGGCCGGCCGCGACAAGUACAAGACCCUGCGGCAGAUCCGCUCCGGAAACACCAAACAGCGCAUCGACGAGUUUGAGUGCAUGUAGACGCCCGCGGGCGGCCAGCAGGGGGAGCCACAGCCUGUGUGUCCUAGAUAAAAACAACGUUAUCCAUAAUCCUCGGCUCGGCUAGGCGGCGACGGUGCACCGUUAUAAGGGAGAUAACGCUGCGUCUUUUAUAAUGUUUUUAUUUGAACAUUUAUACUAUAUACAUAAACGAUCUCUAUUUUUGAAUGUUUUGGAUAAAAAACUUGGUAACGAGGGUAAUUUAUUAUGAUCUGAAGAAUUAUAUGUAGAAGUCACGUCAAAAUGGGAAGAAAAAAAGCAAUAACGUGUGUUUAGACGUAGCCGGUUAGCUUCGAUAAUAGUGCCAAUUUAUAAACAAGAUGCCUUUAGUGUUAUGUUAAUGUUUUAGUUUUUAUUUGUUUUAAUGACGUGUAAUAAAAACACGUCAUUAUUGUCUUGCAGUGCCAACGUGAUGAAGUUUUCUACGCUAACACAAAACAGCACCGUUGUUGUUUUCUUCGGAAUGUGCUAGAAUAUUACGUUAAGCGGGCGUGUUCACCCUCGCGAGCAGCACGUUACUGAUGCCCGGUCACAUGUAAUAUCAUCGUUUGAAUUUAUCACCGUAUUUGGGCCUCAAAUAUAUAAAUAAACAUAAUAACGUAUUUUUGAUGGUAAAUAAAACGUAACUUAACGCAGGUAGGCCCCCUCCUCCAGCCAGCAGGUCUGUGGACGCUCCCUGCAUCGCCAAUGCAAUCAAACGUACCGAUUAAAUAUAUAAAACUGUAAUUUUUUUUCACUUUUAGUUUCUAUUUGAUUCUGAAUCUUUUUUAUUGAUGAUUUUUUGACAUGGAAACGUUGCAGUAUUAUUUGAAGGAUUUUCUGUAUUAGUUAAACACUUUCUGAGGGUUUUUUACUCCCUCGUUGUAGAUGUUAGCGAUAUUUAGCGUGUGUGCUAUUUAUAUACGAUGCCUUCCUUUCUGAUACGGUAACCGGGCGUCGUCGUGCCGUCCUGAACCGCUGCGGCUGGUUUUAUUAUCAGAUAAUCACCACAAAUAAGGAACUGAAAAUAUAAAUAAUAAAUAAGUGGGUUUGUUUUGCCGCUCUGCAGGUGCCAUGUGCCUUCUGUUAGCCAAUCAAGAACAAGAUACUGUAGCUGCUUACCAAGUUUUCACUUAAAUACUGUCAAUAAAGUAUUACUGAAAUAAAACCAAA